AUGGGCCGAAUGAAUGUGUUGGUGUACUCCGGUAUUAUACCUCCCUCUCCGGAAUAACCGAGCCAUUGGCUAUAGCGAAAGACUCACACAUACAACAGGCAUAGGGACAACAGUUGAGUCGGUUAGGCACUGCCUAUACUCCCUCCGCAGACUUCUAUCACCCCAUUAUGCCGUCAUCCCAGCAACGUCCGACGUGCUUCUCAAGGAGCCAUGGGAGACAUCUUGUGCGCUCCUCGUCAUACCCGGCGGUGCGGACCUCGGGUACUGCCGAGUUCUCAAUGGCGAUGGAAACAGGAGGAUAGCUCAAUUCGUCCGUAAGGGUGGGUCAUUCAUUGGGUUUUGUGCCGGGGGUUACUACGGGUGCAAAAUGGUAGAGUUUGAGGUCGGAAAUGGAAAGAUGGAAGUUGUGGGUAGUAGAGAACUCCAAUUCUUCCCGGGGGCUUGCAGAGGCGCUGCAUUUACCGGCUUUCAGUAUGCAAGCGAGAAGGGAGCUAGGGCUCCUAAGAUCAAGGUUGAGAAGGAAGCUCUUGGAGACAACGAGUUGGAGGGAUUUAACUCCUACUACAAUGGUGGAGGAUUGUUUGUUGAUGCAGACAAGUAUUCCGAUAGGGGUGUUGAGGUUCUCGCGCGCUUUGAAGAGAAAGAGAAGUUAAGCGUGGGGGGCGGGGAUGCUGCGGUGGUAUAUUGCAGGAUUGGUAACGGGAGUGCCAUUCUAACCGGCCCACACCCUGAGUAUGAUUCCCCCUUCCGCUUCUAGAGGUUAAGUGACAUGUGCUUAUUUUGUAGAUUUGCUGCUGUAAACCUGGACAAGAAUGCUGGAGACAGCAAGUACCGCGAGAGAAUAGAGCUGAUAGAGCAGACUGACACCCAGCGUGAAGCUUUCCUGAGGGCCUGUCUAAUAAAGUUGGGGCUCGGUGCUUUAGACGAGGCUGGCGCUAUCCCACCUUUAUCGCUACUCCACCUCUCCUCUACAAGCCCAGCAGAUGUCGGGCAUCUGGUAAAUAGAUUGAGGGAAAUAUCGGUCGCUGACGGGGACAGGCAAAAGAUAGUCGGAGAGAACGACACCUUCAUAUUAGAAAGAAACCCUGAGCCAUUCCAAAUGGGAUCCCUUGCAGACGCAUUGAUUGGAGAACAAGAUUCCCCCCACAAAAUCAUUGACUACAACAAGGUAGAAAAGCGUGUGCGGGUUCAUGAUUCCGGGCAUCCAUCUGUUAAAGAAACUCCAUACUUUGAUCACACCGCCUAUUUCAAGCAUCUCGAGCGUUACCGAUCUCAAUCCCGUUCUUCCCCCGAAAUUUUCGGUUCCUUCCUUCUUUAUGGCGAGGUUGUUACUAGUACAAACACCAUGCUGGACAAGUAUAUCCCCUGAAUAUCAAAGCCUGAAUUGUGUCUGAUGUGGGUAAUUAGAAACUUCGAGCUCCUCCAACGCCUCCCGAGCGGCUUGACAGCCGUAGCCACGCUCCAAGUUGCCGGGCGGGGCCGUGGGUCCAAUGUCUGGGUAUCUCCAAUGGGAGCGCUCGUAUUCUCAACCUGCAUUCGGCACCCCAGGGAACUAAGUGUUCAGGCACCAGUAGUCUUUGUCCAAUACCUAGUCGCCCUCGCCAUCGUGGAAGCAAUUAAAGGCUACGAUCUAGGUUUCGGAGAUAUGCCUGUCCGCCUUAAAUGGCCCAAUGACAUUUGUGACUACCCUCUCUUUGCCCUCCCUCCCUUACUAAUAGUAAACUAAUCUUCCAACCAACUAGACGCCUCAAAUCCUAAAAACGAAAAAGAGUUCCUCAAGAUAGCCGGCAUUCUCGUGAACUCCAGCUACGCCAAUAACCAGUUCCUCCUAGUCGUCGGCUGCGGCAUAAACACGACAAACAACGCUCCCACAACUUCCUUAAACCACAUCUUGGACAAGCUCAACAAAACCCGUAAAUCCAAGGGCCUAUCCCGUCUACCGGCAUUCGAGCAGGAACGUCUCCUGGCAAAGAUCCUGGUCGUCUUCGAGGAGAUGUAUUACCAGUUCUGUCGUAGCGGGUUCGCUCCGUUCGAGGAGUUAUAUUACAAGCAUUGGCUGCAUAGGUCUGUGCUAUGAUUGAGUUGUGCGUUUUUUUAUUUUCGAUUAGAAAGAUAAAAAUGAAAAAAAAAAUAAAGGGAAUAUGUUGGCUGAUCAUGGGAUGGUGAGUUUUAGUGGGCAGGUUGUUCGAUUGGAGAUGGAAGGGGGAAGGAAGGCUAGGAUUCGUGGGAUUACUACGGAUUACGGGCUUUUGACGGCGGAUGAGCUGGAUGAGAGUGGUAGGGUUACGGGACGGUCGUUUACGUUGCAGAGUGACAACAAUAGUUUUGACUUUUUCAAGGGGUUGCUGAGGAGGAAGGCUUGA